AUGAAUUUUAAAGAUGAUGGAACGACAUCAUUACAAAUUAUACAAGGAUUGGAAGUCGUUUACUUGGAUUAUGGACUUUGUAAAUAUGGACAAUUAUUCGAUCCAGGUACUGGUCGAUGUCGUGAUAUUUACUGUCAAGAAAUUAAUUAUAAAUUUAAUGGAACUAAAUGUAUACUAGAUGAGAGUAAAAUUGCUGUAUAUGUUUACAAACGAAUGAGUUAUUUUGAUUUAUCUAUAGCACAUUUUAUAUUAACAACAUAA